UUAAGCUCCCGAGUUCUCCACAAGGCCUGCAGGCCGACACUCUCGUUCCAGCCACUCUCUUGUGCAUUUGUUCUGUCUUGUUGCACCCUCACUCCCGUCGCUCAUUUAUCUUGUGCAUUCUUUGCCGCAGCGCCUCUCAUUCAUUCGGUGUGUGUUUUGCUGUAGACGGCCUCGCGGAGUACUCGCCCGAGAUUCCACUCUUUCGAAACGUCAACGCCGCCAGCACUGUUUACACCUCCGACAGGAAGCCAGCAGCCGUUUCCUGCAUUGCGAAGCCUCAGGCAACCAAGCAGCAGCAUUAACGACAUCAUUGCCACGCCAACCCUCGAGUACUCGGCUUGUACCUCGACAUCCCAGACCGGCCCUGCAUAUGUCACCCCCCUAAAGGCCCGACUGCAUACUCGUCAUGGAGGUCGAAAAAGACACAGUGCAACCUAUCCAGGAGGCAGCACAGCGCUCCCCGAGGACACAUGUCGACAGCCAGCCUUUGCCCACUGACUCGAUGGUUACGGUCCCGCUAUCCGAAACCGACGGAGGACAUGUUGCCGAACCGGAGGAACUUGUCACACUACCACUAUCACAGCCCGAGAUCAUGGUGGAAGAGAAGCGUCUGUCUUCCCGGCCGACGUCUGCUGAGAUAAUGCAAGCGAUUCGGGAGCGAAGCAGCCAGGGCGGCAGUAUUCAUUCCCCCACCAUAACUGAGAUGAACAGUCCUACUCUAUCUUUACCUGAGGACCAGUCGCCCCACACUCCAAGAUCGAGGGAACGGUCGAGAAGUGACAGCAGUGGGUCGGACCACAGCGUACAGGUGGACUGGGUGGAAUUGGAGAAGACGGAGGAACAGGAGGCUCGAGAGGACGGCCAGGACGAUGCAAUGGCACUUCUUCUCGCGCGCUUAGAGCAGGAGAACAACGCCCUCGCAACUGACCCGAAAUCUGGGCUGAAGACCCGCGCUCGAAGCCAGUCUCGCCCGCCAUCGAUCAACCAGCUCAAGCGACUCGUCCGAGAGCAGGAUGCCUCGCAAGUCCGAUUCUCGCUACUGCCCUCCCCGCCGCCGAUGACCGAGCUCGAGUUCUGGGCUGCUUUGGUCCGAGAUUAUCCACAAACUGUCCAGCGCCUCCCGACACUCACACUGAACAAGGUCCGCGGUGGCAUACCUGCGCCAUUGCGGGGUAUGGUGUGGCAGAGUGCAUCGGGAGCAAGAGACAAGCUGAUCGAAGAUCAAUUCGAUCACCUCUGUGGGGAGUCCAGCCCGUACGAAAAUAUUAUCAAUAAGGACCUCGGCCGGAGCUUCCCAGGCGUGGAGAUGUUUAGGGACCCCGAAGGCGAAGGGCAGAAGAUGCUUGGACGCGUAUUGAAAUGUUUCAGCUUAUACGACCACAAAAUUGGAUACUGUCAGGGACUCGGCUUUCUUGUUGGUCCGCUUCUGAUGCAGAUGGGCGAUAAAGAAGCCUUUUGUGUCCUCGUGCGGCUUAUGGAAGAUUACGACCUUCGAUCCUGUUUCUUGCCAGACCUCUCAGGACUUCAUCUUCGCAUCUAUCAGUUUCAACACUUGUUACGUCAGCACAUGCCAAAAUUAGCCGCACACCUGGACGUUCUCCAGGUGGAGUCAGCUUACCUUUCGCAAUGGUUUCUAUCUUUCUUUGCCGUCACUUGCCCGCUUCCAAUGUUGUUUCGCAUCUACGAUGUUAUCUUUGCCGAGGGCGCGUCCGAGACCAUCAUGCGCGUCGCGCUGGCGCUAAUGAAAAGGAAUGAGCAGAAGAUUCUCGGCUUCACGGAGUUUGAGGAUGUUAUGCAAUUGCUAUUAGGGAGACAGCUAUGGGAUCCGUACGGCCGCAAUGCCAAAUCAGCCGAUGAGCUCGUCAACGACUUUGUGAGCUUCACCAAUGAUGUGACGCGGGAAAGCCUUCAGAGGUUAGAGGCGAACUUCAGAGAAGAGAAGAGGGAUCGAGCGUCCAAGACAUCGGAAGUCCAGAAGUCUGCCACCUCAUUCCUGGGCCGGUUAUGGGGUCCUUCAAACUCUUCUACCAAGUCUGUCUCUCUCAGUCCUGGACUACAAGCCCCCUCUAGACCCGUUAGCUUUCUUCGCCGCACACCAUCGAAACAGAGUCUUGUGACGAUCAAUUCGGUUGACGGUUCUGAUAGUUCGACCGGAACCCAGAGCACGGCUCUUACCGACAUUUCGCGAGGGUCAUCUGGGGAUGCUCUUUCCCUUAAAUCUGGUCAUGAGUCCACUACGCUUUCCAUCAGGAUGGGGCAUUCGGUAAAGGACCGCGACCUGCAUUAUCAGAUCGAACAACUCCUUAUGUCCGUUAGCCAACUUCAGCGUCAGAACAGCGAAUUGGAAGCUGCAUUGCAAAAGCAACGGGAAGACCGUCGUGAAGACCACCGAAUAGUCCGAGACGUUAUCAACAAGAUCCGAACGAAGUUGCCCUCCACUCCUUCCAGCCGAGAAUCCCGUCGCCGAACAACUAUUACUUCCGCCACCCUCGUACCAUCCUCGCCUUCUGAUGCAAGCUCUGACUCAGCCCAUCCCCAGGAAAUUACUCAGGUCGCCGAGGCUCUGGACAAUCGGUUUCCGGCCCAUCAGACCCAUCAUCGUGCGUCUUCGAUGUUCGAAACGAAGGACUUCUUACGCGAUUCCUUAGCCCGAACCAAGGAGCAGCUCGCUUCCGAAACGAUUCGCGCGCAAGCACUGGCUCGAGAUUUGAAUGACCGCGACACCGAGCUGCAAAUUGCUCGUGAUGCGCUUAAGGACACCAGGCAUCGACUUCAGGACUCAUAUCACCAGAACCAGCGGCAAGAGAAAACAAUCCUGGAACUCCGACAGAACGCCCGAAAAGGAUCCGUCCCAUGGGGAUCGGAGUCAACGCCAGAUGCAUCUCCAUCACUCUCUCGUUCCGACACGGCCGAUAGCACGGCAUCGACUGGCGGUCUACGCGAAUUGAGGCUUGGGCGAUCUGCAAGCCAGAAGUCCUCCGCGCCUCAAUUCACGAAGCGCGGGUCGAGCUUAGCAACACAGAACAUCCUAGCCACAGAGAAUCAUGCUCCAGUGGACAACGAAGCACUCUUGCUCGAGCUUGUAAACGCAAAGACGGCGGAGGCCGUCGCCAAGCAGGAAUUGGAAGAAAUCAAGAACAAGUUCGAAUCGAUGAAGAAGUCAAUGGGGGUGCAAACUCCAACUCCCGCACAAACACCAUCACCGACACCCCCGAAUACGGGUGGAGGGUUUUGGUCAGGCUGGAAGCGAUCCGUGAGUACGAACAAUGCAACGAUACCGUCGUAGGGGCUGUUUCCUCUGGCAUCAUAAAGUUAAGGUGUAUAUAUGAAGCUUUGUAGGAAAGGCAUUGGCACUGUAUAUGUUGGAAUAUCUGUUGCGGAAGAACGAUAUUGGAUGGGAACGAUUUUUCACCAUUUUAUGAUACCUCGCCAUUAGUUUUGGCGCUCUUCUGCUUCCUACGGACACUGGUGUGAGUAGGAAGCUUUAUAUAUAAUUCAUGAUUGUGGAUACGAAUCGAU